AUGCAUUUUAACGAUUCUGUUAAGGCGUCUGAGGUUGUAACUUCUACACGUUCUGUGGUGUAUGAAAAACUCUUACAGGCAUUGGUGUAUGAGCGAGGAGCCAUCAAUAAUGCAUAUGAUGCACUUAUAAAUCUAGUGAGUAAUGACCCAGGUAAAGAUGAUAAUAAUAACAAUUCCAGCUCUGUUCAUACUGCACUUGUACUGCAUGGCUUAGCUGGUUUAGUACGUUACAUGUUUGAGCGACUCCUUCAUCACACAAUAGAUUCCUCUGUUAGUUUUGCCCAAGAAAUUGGGGCGUUUGUUAAUGCACAGUGUACAGAAGCAGUGGGAGCACUGCGUGAGGCAAUAAAGAUGAGAUUGCGUCUGCAAAACAAGCGGAAAAGUGGUACACCGCAUUAUGAUAGUCCUACACCUGUUGAAAGAAAAGAAUUAUCGAAACAUCAAAAUAAUCACGCAACGCGGUAUGUUUUCGCUAUUUCUUCUCACUACGAUUGGGAUGCACAGUGUGAUAUUAUGGGACUUAUAACGCGCGGUCUUAAUAGAACAGCUGUUGUACUGAGAAGAUGUGGAGAAAACAUUGAGAAUAGUGUAGCGCUGCAGUUGGGAUGUUGUGUUCUUGUCUCACCGCAUCCUCCUACUGCCUUAUGUGCCCUCGCACAACUAACAAGAGAGCAGCUACAACAAUAUGUACAGUCUCGUGUGGAUAAUAACAACGGGAUUUGCUUAGGUUCGCAAGAAAAACAACAACAACAACAACAACAAGAACAUCAACGACAUGAUGACUCAGAGGAUAGUGAUGAAGUAGAUGAUGAACUCGAUGCCCUAUUGCAUGCACUAGAUAUUAAGGCACGUGGUAGUCCCUCAGUGACGGAAACGUCCUUGUCUUUAAGCACUCUAGUGAAUUCUACUGAUGUUGUGCCUCGUGAUGUUUUACGUGGUUCGUUUCCGUCAUUUGUUGGGCAAACUAUAGAAGAUGAUAGUGGAGAGACUAUCGCCUGGAAUAGUUCGGUUGAUGAGAAUAAGCAGUCAUCAACCCAAAUAACAAAACGAGCACGUGUAGACUCUUUUACAGGUUCAUAUACUUCGUCUAAAGUAGUCAUCACAUCUCAACAGGAAUUCCGUUAUCAAAAGGAGCAAGAACAACCUUCGCAAGUUAUUCAAUAUCAGUACGAUUUACCUUCCCAUGGGAGAGCAUAUACAACUGAGGAGGAGAUGGAGGAAUCUGCGGUUGAUACCAGUGAGUGGUGCUUUCAGAUUAGCAUGUCGCUGCGGGAAAAGAAAAGUGAAAUAUCAAAAGCUAUUCGUCGAUUGGGUGGCUCUGUUGAUCACGGCAGUGCGUACAACCCCAAGACAACACACCUCGUCGUUGCAGAGGGAGUGAUGGAGCGCACGGAGAAGUAUUUGGGUUGUUGCGCCGCACUCAAGUACAUUGUGCCGCCACGUUUUGUGUACGACUCCAUCACGCAUGGCCGAUGGCUUGUCGGUCGUCUGCACGAGUACGACCGAAACCCGCUGCGCCGUUAUUAUUCCCAUAAUAAUAAUAAUAAUAAUAAUAAUAAUAAUAAUAAUAAUAAUACCAAUAGCAAUCCAACGAGUGGUUUGCGAUCAGUACCGCCCCCGCCAUUCCAAGGUUGGCGUGUCGUACUCUUCACCUCCGCACCUUUUGUGGCCUCUGGUGUUAUUUCGGUGCUGCGAGCCGGCGGCUGCGACGACAUCACCUCCUUUGUAUUCGAAAACACAACUACAACAACUACUACUACAACUAUUACUACUGCCAUGCAUGAGGACAAGACACAUACUGUCAGUUCACCCUUCGCCACGCUGGACGGCAACGACGCGUGUGUGCGGGCGGCCACUCACGUGCUGGUGGAGUGCCGCGAGGUGUCGCCGGCCGGCCGCUUCCGCCUCCCCGCGUGGCUCCCGGCGCCUCUCCCCGACCGCCUCCCGCUCUUCCCCCUCGAACUCCUCCACCACGUCCUCUGCCACAGCCGCACACCGCCAUUCGACCACACCGGCCUUCUCCGCGACGAGCGGCUUCUCCCACCAGCGUGCCGCGUGGAGCCGCCCAGUGGAUGA